UGUUUCACGAGAGUCAGAGAAGCCUCGGCUCUGCGCUGACUACACCAGGCAGGGUGCACGGCUCUAGCUACAUUCAGUGUGACUCUUCAGCGGGGGAAAGCUGCGUUGAAGGGAGUGGAUUGCUGCCUCACCCAAAGCGCGGCUGAAACUUGGUCACUGCAUUUUUCCUUGACUUCCACAAACUUUUUGCCUUGCAAAAACUUGAACUUUAAUAAAAGCGGGGUCACUUUAAUGCACACUCGUGUGAAGGAUAUUUAUUACACCAAAUGGAGGGAUUUGGAUUGUUCUUACUUCGCUGGGGCACGGUACCUUUCCUAUUCAUAGCCGUUCUGGAACCAAGCAGAGUUGGCGGCAUGUUCACUCAACCGUACGUUCUGAGUAGGCUGUGUAAGUUCUGUGACCUGGAGCCCUCCUCCUGUAACGGGAUGGGAACAUGCUCCUCCAACUGCUCCAUCACCUCCAUCUGUACGCAUCACCAGGAGGUGUGUGUCAGCAUCUGGAGGAGAAAUGAAAGCAACUACAGCAUUGAGACUCUGUGCCACAACCCCUUCCUCCCCCUGUAUGGCGUUGAGUUGGAUGACUACAAUGCUUCCACUUGCACCAUGAAGGAGAAGAACAGCUCAACAGGACUGAUCUAUGUGUGCUCCUGCACUGAGGAGGAGUGCAACGAUGUCCUCGUUUUUUCACCCGCGGUGAGUCCAACCAUCAUUUCCACUGUGGUCUCGGUUCUCCUGGUUUCUCUGUUGCCGCUCCUGGUCCUCGCCGUUUUGGUCGUCGCUGUGUUCUACUGGUACAGAGUCUACCGACAACACAGACUCAACCAGGAGCAGUGGGUCACCAGGAAGCCCAAGCGAAAGGUCAAAGGUCUAGACUGCAGCGAUGCGUGCGCCAUCAUGAUGGAUGAUGACGGCUCGGACAGCAGCUCGACCCACGCCAACAACCUUAACCACAACACCGAACUGCUACCCAUAGAACUGGACCUGCAGGUGGGUAAGGGGCGAUUCGCUGAGGUGUACAAAGCCAAGCUGAGACAGCCUGGAUCCUCGUCAGACCAGUUCGAGACUGUGGCCGUCAAGAUCUUUCCAGAUGAAGAGUAUGCGUCGUGGAAGAACGAGAAGGACAUCUUUUCUGACAUUGAUCUUCGUCACGAAAACGUCCUCCACUUCCUCACAGCAGAGGAGCGUAAGCUGUCGAAGCAGUACUGGCUGAUCACGGCCUUCCACCCUGGGGGAAACCUCCAGGAGUACCUGACCCGCCACCUGGUCUCUUGGGAGGACCUAAGGAGUCUGGGAGGAUCCCUGGCUUGCGGUGUGGCCCACCUCCACAGUGACCACACGGCCUGCGGGCGACCCAAGGUGCCCAUAGUGCACAGGGACCUGAAGAGCUCCAAUGUCCUGGUGAAACAGGACCUCACCUGCUGUCUCUGCGACUUUGGCCUGGGGCUCAGGCUGGACAACACUCUGACUGUGGAUGACCUGGCCAACAGCGGACAGGUCGGCACAGCCAGGUACAUGGCUCCAGAGGUGCUGGAGUCCAGGUUGAACCUGGAGAACAUCGAGUCGUUCAAACAGACAGAUGUCUACUCAAUGGCUUUGGUGCUGUGGGAGAUCACCUCCCGCUGUCACGCUAUUGGAGAAGUGAAGGAUUACGAGCCUCCAUAUGGCUCAAAGGUCCAGGUGCACCCGGGUGUGGAGAGUAUGAAGGACCACCUCUUGAGAGACAGGGGAAGACCUGACAUUCCUGACAGCUGGAUCAACCACCAGGGCAUAUCCAUCGUGUGCGCCACCAUUGAGGAGUGCUGGGACCACGACCCAGAGGCCAGGCUCACCGCCCAGUGUGUGGCUGAGCGCUUUGCUGACAUAGAGUGUGAAAUGGACAAGCUGUCCAGCCGGAGCAGCUCUGACGAGAAGAUACCAGCGGAAGAGCCGAAGACCGUGACGGCGGCGGAGGAUCGAGAACAGAUCAUUUUAGAGGAGGAAGAGAAAGAGGAGGAGAAGGUACCUGUGGAGAGCUCUGUGAGCAACGAGCAGUGAGGAAAGGAACGUGGGCGAGAGAGGAGUGUCUGUAUGUCACAAAGCACUUACAGAAUUGUAAUGUUCUAUGGGACAGAGCUAAACAACCCCACACGAGAAGCCCAAACUGGAAGUCAACCAAAACUGUACACAAUUGAAUGAAAGGGACUCACACUCUCCUCGACCCCCCCACCCCACCCCCCC